AUGUACUUUCAUGUACUCUCAAAUACUUAUUGUUAUUUCAAGAAAGGAAUAUUUUCUUAUAAUAUCUUCUUUAUUGCAGAGGAUAUUGAGGAGGCCCUGCAGAUCAUAGCCCUCAAAACUGAGCGCUUUCGUCCACACUUCACGUCUGUCCCUGCGGCGCAACAAGUGGUGCCACCAGGCGGACAGAUCACACUAACCUGUACUGCGGUGGGCGUUCCUGUGCCUACGGUCGCAUGGUUUGAACAAGGAACCCAACUCUUUCGCAAUAUGCUCGAUCGCCAACCACCUGGCACGGCCCGGUUGUCGCUGAAAAAUCUAAAGGAGUCGCGCAAUGUCUCCUGUGUCGCGACAUCGGCCAUGGGCCAGGCAACGUAUCACGUCACUAUUGUAGUGAAAGGUUGGUUCACGUCUGCAUGCCAUAGCCUACAACAACUUUCCAAAAAAAAAAGACUCUUUAUCCUCUGGAAUCACUCUGGAUGCCAAUAG